ACACACACACACACACACACACACACACACACACACACACACACACACACACACACACUAUUCCGCAGCGACAUCCGACUCAUUGAUUUCAUUGUUCGAGACUUUUACUCUGAGAGGAAACAGCUGGGAAAGGAAAUGAAAGCGUGGAGGGUUCGAUUUCUGUACUUUCUGGUGUUGAAUGCAGCUGUGCAGUAUGUGACCUCUCUGGAAGAAGAGCACUCCGAUUCUAUUUUUGGUAACUUCCUCGACCCUCUAAAGGACCUGUUUGCCCAAAAUGACGACAGCAAUCAAACCGUGACUAAAUUCUCCCUCAGAAAACCAAGCGUCCCCGAUGAUGACCUGUGCUACAUCGUUCCUGGAAAGCCUGAGUCCCUGGCAGCCUGCAGCUUCGACAGCACCUCCAAAACCUUCCUGGUGAUCCACGGAUGGACGUUGAGUGGGAUGUUUGAGAGCUGGGUGGAGAAGCUGGUGACGGCGCUGUACGACAGGGAGAGGACGGCUAACGUCAUCGUGGUGGACUGGCUCGGCUCGGCUCAGAAUCACUAUGUGGUCGCAGCGCAGAACACCAAGGCGGUCGGACACGAGAUCGCUCGCUUCAUCGACUGGAUCGAGGAAACCACCAACAUGCCUCUGGAGAACAUCCACCUGAUUGGCUACAGCCUCGGAGCUCAUGUUGCAGGAUUUGCAGGAAGCCACGCAACCAAUAAAGUCGGAAGAAUAACCGGUCUGGAUCCCGCUGGUCCUGACUUCGAGGGGGAGCACGCUCACAGACGUCUGUCCCCGGACGACGCUAACUUCGUGGACGUCCUGCACACCUUCACACGCGGCUCUCUGGGUCUCAGCAUCGGGAUCCAGCAGCCCGUCGGACACGUCGACAUUUACCCCAACAGAGGCAGCUUCCAGCCGGGAUGCAACCUCAGAGGGGCCCUGGAGAAGAUCGCCAACCUGGGGUUAUUCGCGAUCACAGAUGCAGUGAAGUGUGAACACGAGCGCUCGGUGCACCUCUUCAUCGACUCUCUUCUGAACGAGCAGGACGCAGCGAAGGCCUACAGAUGUGGAAGCACGGACAUGUUCGACCGCGGCAUGUGUCUCAGCUGCAGAAAGAGCCGCUGCACCGCCGUGGGCUACGACAUCAGCCUGGUCCGCAGAGCACGCAGCGUUCAGAUGUACACCAAGACACGUGCCUCCAUGCCUUUCAGAGUUUACCACUAUCAGGUGAAGAUCCACUUCUCCAGUAAGGUGAACCGUUCUGAGAUGGAGCCGUCGCUCACCGUCUCGCUGUUCGGGACGAGAGGAGAGGCGGAAAACCUGGAGCUGAAACUGAAGGAGAAGUUAGAGACGAAUACGACACAUUCGUUCCUGCUGGUGACGGAGAAAGACAUCGGGGAUCUGCUGAUGUUGAAGUUUAAAUGGGAGGAGACGAACGGCUGGUCGGCCUCCAACGUGCUGAACAUGGUCUCCUCGUGGUGGUCCGGAGACUCCGGCAGCGACAACAUGGACGUCCACAAGAUCCGCAUCCGGGCCGGAGAGACACAGCAAAAGUUGGUGUUCUGUGUAAAAGACCCUGGAGCUCCGAAAUUAACACAAGAGGUCACGUUUGUUAAAUGUAAGGACGCAUGGAGA